AUGCAAACUAUCGAUAACAUCGUGUUUGACGAUUUUGUAUAUCCACAUGCUAGACAUUUGGCUCUUUUACUUUAUCAUAUGGAAGGAACACAUAUAGCUAUUCCUUUGCCUAAUGCUCAUCUGAUGUCAUUUAUUCGAGUUUUUCGAAAUACCUCAGACUGUCAAAAUCAUAUUGUCACAAACAAUGAACAAGAUAUCACGUUAUAUGUUUAUGAAGAUAAUAUGGGAUGGUUAAUUAUGAAUUCAUAUCUAAAUAAUAUACCACAGCUUAGAAGAAUCAGCAUUUUUUGCUCAACGCCUGAAGAACAAAAGUAUUGGGCUACACACACGCGACGUUACAGAGAAAGAAUUGAAGAACCAUUCUUAUACAAUGGUCUUGAUUUCGAAUUAUUAUAUUUUGGUAUCCGCUAUAUCCGCCAAGUGCUUGAACAACUUCCUAAUAAUAAUGCUAUGCGACAAUCAUUGCAACAAAAUCAUAGAAAUAUGUGCCAAGCUUUGCAACAUUAUAUCUAA